UGCGCACGCGCGGGAGUUUCUGGCAGAAAGCAGGCGAGCCCGGGCCGGCGCGGGGCCUUGUGGGAGGGCUUAAGGAAGUAAAAUGGCGGACCUGGCGAACGAAGAAAAACCUGCCAUUGCUCCGCCCGUCUUUGUGUUUCAGAAGGAUAAAGGACAAAAGUCCUCUGCAGAGCAAAAAGACUUGUCGGAUUCGGGAGAGGAGCCUCGGGGGGAGGCUGAGGCCCCCCACCAUGGCACGGGUCACCCCGAGUCAGCUGGUGAGCAUGCCCUAGAGCCUCCUGCCCCCGCUAGCGCUUCAGCCAGCACUCCUGAAGCCCAGCUUCUUCCUUUCCCGCGAGAACUGGCAGGGAGGCCAGCUGGAGGCUCCAGCCCCGAAGGUGGAGAAGAUUCCGACCGAGAAGAUGGAAAUUACUGCCCUCCCAUCAAGCGAGAAAGAACAUCCUCUUUAACCCAGUUCCCACCUUCACAGUCAGUAUCAAAAAACAAUGUUUUUAUGCCAUCAACCUUCUGCGAGCCAUCUGCAGGCAAUUCUGACUCAGAACCAGAGGAAAAGAGCAGUGGAUUCCGGUUGAAGCCGCCAACAUUGAUCCACGGCCAGGCACCCAGUGCAGGUCUGCCAAGCCAGAAGCCCAAGGAGCAACAGCGGAGUGUGCUUCGCCCGGCAGUGUUACAAGCCCCACAGCCAAAGGCACUCUCACAGACCGCAGUCCCGAGCAGCGGCACCAACGGGGUCAGUAUCCCAGCAGACUGCACGGGGGCCGUGACAGCGACAUCACCCGACAACCCCGCACGGAGAAGUCCCUCCGAUGAGGUGCGAGCACUUGAGGAGAAAGAGCCCCAGAAAAAUGAGUCUAGCGAUACUUGUGAGGAGGAAAACUGUGAGAAAAAAGAGCAAGUUGCACAGCAGGCGUUUGUGUUCGGGCAGAACCUGAGGGACAGAGUCAAGUUAACAAAUGAGAACACUGAAGUAGCUGACAUGGAGAAUGCCGGACACCCCAGUUCAGAAACGCCAACUGCGACCAACUAUUUCCUUCAGUAUAUCAGCUCCAGUUUAGACAACUCGACCAAUAGUGCCGACACCGCCAGCAGCAAAUUCGUGUUUGGCCAGAACAUGAGCGAGCGUGUGCUGAGCCCACCCAAAUUAAAUGAAGUCAGUUCAGAUGCCACCAGGGAAAAUGCAGCUGCUGAGUCCGGGUCCGAGUCCUCAUCCCAGGAGGCCACCCCUGAGAAAGCUAAUAACAUUUCAGAGUCCCUGGCCGAGUCAGCAGCCGCCUACACCAAGGCAACAGCACGGAAGUGUUUGUUGGAAAAAGUGGAAGUCAUCACCGGGGAGGAGGCGGAGAGCAACGUGUUACAGAUCCAGUGUAAGCUGUUUGUCUUUGACAAGGCCUCGCAGUCGUGGGUGGAGAGAGGCCGGGGGCUGCUCAGGCUCAACGACAUGGCAUCGACUGAUGACGGGACGCUCCAGUCCCGACUAGUGAUGCGGACCCAGGGCAGCUUGCGACUGAUCCUCAACACCAAGCUCUGGGCCCAGAUGCAGAUCGACAAGGCCAGUGAAAAGAGCAUACGCAUCACAGCCAUGGACACUGAGGACCAGGGCGUGAAGGUUUUCCUGAUCUCAGCCAGUUCCAAGGACACGGGCCAGCUGUAUGCAGCCCUGCACCACCGCAUCCUGGCCCUGCGCAGCCGUGUGGAGCAGGAGCAGGAAGCCAAGAUGCCUGCCCCUGAACCUGGGGCAGCCCCGUCCAACGAGGACGACAGUGACGAGGACGUCCUGGCUCCAUCGGGGGCCACUGGAGGCGGUGCUGGCGAGGAAGGGGAGGGGCAGACGGCCGGAAGCACAUAGCGCCGGGAGCCGGCUGCCCACGAGCCUGCUGCUUUGUCCGUCUGCCCGCCCGCCCGCCCCGCCCCGCCAGCAGUGUGGAGGCGCGGGGCUCGGGAACCACACUCCCCGCUGGGUUGGCCACAGUUCGGAUCCGCAUGUCCCGUUCAGAAGCAGACUCGGGAACUGCCUGAAUGUGGUUUGGGACACGAGACCUCAUCAUAUUGAUGAGCAAAACGAAAAAGAACAUUUCUUCCCUCCCCUCCUUUGAAUUGAAAUGGCACAUUAAGACUUGUCACGGCUUCUCACUGGGACUGGGACACCUUGUUUCUUCACCCCUCUCUCCUCAUGUCCCCGGCCUCUCUGCCGCCGCCCAUCCAGGCCACCGGGUCUGUCCACACAAGUAUAAACACUGGGCCUGCUGGAUGCUCUGUUAACUACCGUAUUUCCAGUUUCCCACACUCUGAUUUGGGGCUUAUAUUUUUAGAUUUUUUUCCCCAAAGGCUUUGUGUUUGGUUUCUUAGGUUCAGACUCUCCUGUGCAUUGAGUGGGUGCAGCUCUGUCCUGGGCCACAUCUUCCUCCUCCCUCCCGGGCUCCUGGCCUCUGUGCUGGGGUGGGAGUCAGCCACCCCCUCACCUUGUUCCCCACCCAGGGUUGCUCCAGGCCCAGUCGUGGGGUAUUGAGGUGUUGGGCCCCAGACCUGGAAAGAGCUUAUCUAAAAAAGGGUCACUGGACCUGGGUGGGUCUCCACCCACCCUCCUGCCUUUUCCCAUCAUGUCGGUCACCCAUCAUCUGGCACCGAGAGGCAAACCUUCCUGCUGCUGGCCAUUCCUUGCCCAGCCCUGGACGACGUCACUGCCCCAAGACCAUCCAGGACCAGGGGCCCCUGUGAGAGGCAGAGGGGGACCUCAGCAGGACCUUUGAGGAGGGGGCAGGGGGCUGGUUCCAGGCAACCGGCCGUCUCCCACACUCACAGCACACACAGGAGUGGGUGCCGUGCCCACCACCACCCUGGAGCAUGGCCAGGAGCCAGCCGGGCUUCACCCACCUGGGGCGGCCUGUGAAGAAGGGCCCUGUGCACAGGGCUCCGAGGGAUUUCCAAGCAAAGUGCCCAGCCCCGCCCUCGGGGUGAGCGGAAGGCUUGUCUCCACAGCUGUGCCACCCACACCUCGGGUUGGUUGUGUGCAGCGUGAGCCUGAGCCAUGGGAAGACACCAAAGGCCCUCCCAGCAGAUCCAGUCACACUUCUCUGCUUUAAGCCUUAGCCAACUAGUGACAAGUAAAACCAGAUAAUGCCCAUGUGUUUUGGAACAUUUAUGUAAGAUUGUCAUAUGAAAUGUAUUUGGGAACUACAUUAAAACUUUUAACUAAAA